UCGGCGCACCUGGCGUAGCUGCGCGAAAUCUAUCAUUGUUCACAAUGCCUUCCUCUGCUGUUCUUAGAGUAAUUCAGUCAGUCGACAAAAAGACUCUGUUCACCAUCGAAAGCAUUCUUGGACUAGAGAAAAAAGAACAGCGCUCAAUACCUCCAAAACCUCACCGUCCAUGGACAGAUUCAGAAACAACGCAGCAUCAGUCACACACGAUUGGCAAAAACUCCCACACUUCGCCAGAGGUCAAAAGCAAAGAGGAAAAUAUCACCAACCAAGUUACUACGGACUCCUACAGGAGAACACUGAAUUGGUACAUUGGACGCAGGCCCCGGACCGCUUUCACCGGCACCCAGAUUGAGGUCCUGGAGAGUGUGUUCCAGGUGAACUCUUAUCCGGGCAUAGACGUGAGGGAGGAGCUGGCACAGAGACUGGAGCUGGAUGAAGACAGAAUACAGAUUUGGUUCCAGAACCGCCGUGCUAAGCUGAAGCGGUCUCACAGAGAGUCACAAUUUCUAAUGGUGAAAAAAGCCUUCACUGAUCUUCAGGGUCCAGCAGAGCAAUGA